CAUCCUUGACCCUGCCCUGAAAUUCAAGGACGUAACCUACCGGUAGCUCCGCUUCACAGAUCAGAUCACCACUGACAGACUGAAGGCCUACCCCAGGAAGAACAAACUCCGUUAUUACGUUAAACCCGGUUGAUCCUAUAACCAGAAACAGCUCAUCAUCAUGCCUGGCGACCGCAAAUUCUUUGUUGGGGGUAACUGGAAAAUGAAUGGCGAUAAAAAGUCCAUUGAUGAUAUUGUUGCCUUCAUGAAGACUGGCCCUCUGAACAGCAACACUGAUAUCGUGGUGGCCCCACCAUAUUGCUACAUCCAAUACAGCCGAGAUGGUCUGCCUGCAAAUGUGGAAGUAGCUGCUCAGAAUUGCUACACAGAAAAAUCUGGUGCUUUUACAGGAGAAAUCAGCCCCUUGAUGGUGAAAGACUUGGGUGCAACAUGGGUCAUCACAGGUCACUCUGAGAGGAGGCACAUCAUGGGAGAGUCGGACGAGUUGGUGGCCCAGAAGACGCGGUUUGCCCUGGACAGCGGUCUGGGCGUGGUCCCGUGUGUCGGCGAGAAGCUGGAGGAGAGAGAGGCCAACCAGACCAUGGACGUCAUCAACAGGCAAAUGAAGGCCAUCGCUGACAAGAUCGAAGACUGGAGCAAGGUGGUCAUCGCCUACGAGCCUGUGUGGGCCAUCGGCACCGGCAAGACAGCCUCGCCCGAGCAGGCGCAGGAAGUGCACGAGAAGAUCCGCGCCUGGCUGGCGAACACCGUGUCUGCGGAUGUCGCCAAGAAGACUCGCAUCAUCUACGGAGGAUCUGUGAAGGGUUCCAACUGCAAAGAACUGGCCAAGAAAGAAGACAUUGACGGAUUUCUGGUGGGCGGAGCUUCACUCAAGCCAGAAUUUGUGGAAAUUGUCAACGCUGCAUCUUAAACGCACCGUCCGUCCCUAAUGCAAAAAAUUUUUAAAAAACGAAAAUAGCCCUUUUGUUAAUAUAAUGCUUCAUCUAAACUGGAUUUUGGGAAUUGGUUCAUCAUCUCUGUCAUGAACUCGCGUGUCAGAAGUUUUGAGCGUGUUCUAGGCUGUGACUGCAUUGCCUUUGCUUGUUGUCAGAUGUGUGUUCCUGCACAGUGGCAUAUUAUAUCACUCUUUAUACAUGCCCUGUUUUGGGUAUUAGAUACACUGGAUUUUGACAGGGUAGGCUUUUCAGAUCUGACCAUAUAAGCUUUGGAAGAAAUGUAGUCGCAGCCUGUUGCCUCUAAGCUUGAUGACACAUAAGUUCAAGAGAUGGAUGAUGGGUUCGUCAGCAAAGUCAAGGUCGAGACUGUUGGGAUGUAUGUCUGUGCAAGCGCAGCUCUCUCCCUCGAGAGGCUUGUGGUGUCGCAUUCUGUCCUGUCCACUGUCUCGAUUCUUUGACUUCACGCUGUAGAGAGCCUGCGGGUAUUGGGGAAGCUACGGACAAGUUCUGUACUGUCUAGUUGGUGGGUCUGUGAAGCUGGAAAUGACCGGGUCCUUGAACAGAGAGAUCUCCCUUCCUUGUUUUCUGGAGAGCUGACCGGUCUAAUACGGAGAGCUACGACCGUUGUUUUAGUCUCAAACUUCAUCAACGCUGUUCUGGGACUCUGGUGUUUCCAGUAUGCUGUCGGGUUUUAUUCUCUUUCUAUUCCUCUACCUUCUGUUUCGUUGAAAGUUGUCGAUGAAAGAGCUUUGACCUUGGGUCAGUUUUGUCAUCUCAAUUACAACUGAGCAGUUUGUAUCCAUGUCUGUGACAUUUUAAUGGAAAACGUAUGGCCCCCCCCCCCCCCUGAGAUUAAAAACCACAUCUCAGUUUCUGUUUAUAUAUAUAUUGGGACUGAUACUUUAGUAAGAGUAUAAACUUACAUUACAAGAAAGGAUAGGAAUAUCAGUUCCGUAGCUUUAUGUUGAGAUUGAAAUACAGCGUACUUUUACUGCUACUUACUACCCCUCUCCCCUGGUUCUUAGCUUUAUUUCUGUCUUUGUAAGUUAUUGAUUAAUUUCUUCUUCCUUCUUCCUCACCACACUCCCCUUGCCCCAGUUGAUUUAAUUUGUUGUCUGUAUACGAAUCAUUUGUGUCUCUGGGAAUGAUAUGACUGUUCUGACAGCCUUUAUUCUUGCAAGGAUUUGCAGUGUUUCUGUGGCUAGUACAUGUACUAGUUUUGUCUCUGUUUGUCUAAUUUAUGAUGUCCGACAGAGAUAGAUCUGGUUUAGUCGUCUGGCUGCACCAGAUUGAGUUUUGGUGACAUCUAGUAGGUCAUUUUUCUCCCAGCAUCUGCGGGACAGUGGUGUGUACAAAUCACUUGUCGGUGAAACACCAACAGUAUUGUCUACUUGCUUUGUGUCAGUAGGCCCCUAGUACUUGUGCUUUUUCUACCGUCACCUACAUGUUGUUUAAUACUUUUGGUAGACUAAUGCAAGAUGAAAACUCUGUCAAAUGGUGAGAUUAAAAUCAUUGGAUAAUAACUGAAAA